AUGGCUGAUUCAUCGUUCUUCUCGUCGGCUCUCAACUCUGCGAAAAGCCUCAACCCAUUCAAGUCCGAUAAGGAUUCGAAUGCUGCUGAACAAUCCAACGAUAUCUCGGAGACUGUCCACAAUGCAAGUGCUCCAAUUUCCGACGUGUUCGACAAGGUUGGUGAGGUUGCUAGUGAUGUGAAAGACGCGGUUGUUGAUGGCGCUGUUGCUGCGGGCGACAAAAUUGCUGACGUCGUCGGCGUUGUCCAAGAAAAAGCGGGCGAUGCCAAAUACGCGAUUGUGGAAGCGGCGAAGGAUGCGACCGACGCCGUCGUUGGCAACACAUCGGAUGUUGCCGACGGAACUGCGGAAGUUGCUCAUGAUGCAAAAGACCAAACCGCUUCUCUUGCGCAUGAUGCCAAGGACGCAAUAACUGGAGUCGGAGAAGAUGUUGUCGAUAAAGCCAAAGAUGCAAAACAGGCAGCCGCUGAUGGAGCUUCUACAACGAUUGAGGAAGUUGCGCAGAAGAUUGAGGUUGCUCAAGAUUUUGCAACCGAUGCUGUGACUGGAGCUGCUGAGAACGCCUCAGACAAGGCUCACGACAUUCAUGACGCUGUGGCUGAUCUUGCUCACGAUGCUACCAAUGCAGUUUCUGAUUCUGCUCAUGAUGCCAAGGAAUCGGUUGCUCAUGCGGCCGAUAGCGCUGUCGAAAAAGCGAACGAUGUUCAUGAUGCCGCUGCUGAACUCGGACACCAGAUUAUUGAUGGCGCGGCAGAGAAAUCUCAUGAUGCUCAAGAAGCAGUCAGUGAUGCUGCGCACGAAACCAAAGACGCUGUUUCAAACGCCAUUGACAGCAUUGGUGAGAAGGCUCAAGAAGCGGGCGAGAAGGCAAGUGAAGUCGCAGGAAAUAUCAAGGAUGGAGUCGUUGAAGCUGCACACGACGUCAACGAUGCGGCUUCUGAUGUUGCUCAUAAUACUGCCGAAAACAUUGAGCAUGCCUGCGAAGGAGUUGUCGAUACAGCUCAUGAUGCAAAAGACGCUGCUGCUGAGAAAAUCGAAGAAGUUCAUAAUGACGCUUCUGCUGUUGCGCACGAUGCUAAUGACGCGAUUUCGGAUGCUGUCAGUCAGGUGACAGAAAGUGCCGAUGCCGCCCAUGAUCAGGCGGUCGAAGUUGCACAUGAUGCUCAAGACGCCGCUACUGAUGUUGUGUCUGAAGCACACAAUGAAGCUUCAAACUUGGUAGAAGACGUUAUUGAGAAGGUCGAGGUAGCUCAAGAGCAGGCUUCAGAUGCCGCUCAUGAUGCGUCGGAAACAGUUACUAACAGCGCUGAGCAAGCUCAUGAAUCAGUCGUUUCACUUGGACAAGAUAUUCAUGAAGAAGUCUCACAGAAGGUUGAUCUGGUUCUUGAUCAUGCGGAAAAUUCUGCGGAGCCACCUCAAGUGACAAUCAAGCAAGUUCCGGAGAAUGAAUCAUUCGAGCACGUCGAUUCGCAAGCACCUACUGACGCGACAACAGAAGAGUCAUUCGAGAAAAUCGAACAUCCACAAGCCGAGGCAACACCAUCCGAAGACAAACAUUCGGAGACGCCCAUCAUUGUGGAAGACGUUGUCGAGAAAGUGGAAGUCUCACAUGUCGAAGCUGCACCACAACAGGAAUCGACUCCAGCUCAACCGCCGAAAACGAUCGCCGAAAUGUCGCUCGAAUCUGCCUACCCGGUCCCAUACCGCAGCAAACUCGUCGAGCCAUUCGAGCCAGGACAGACUUUGAUUGUCAAGGGAAAAACCGGAGAGGAUUCGAUCCGGUUCACUGUCAACCUUCACAGCCACACCGCUGACUUCUCCGGAAAUGACGUCCCACUUCACAUUUCCGUCCGUUUCGAUGAGGGAAAGCUCGUCUUCAACACCUUCACCAAGGGUGAGUGGGGAAAAGAAGAGAGAAAGUCGAACCCUUACAAGAAGGGCGAUGACAUCGACAUCAGAAUCCGCGCUCACGACAGCAAGUUCCAAAUCUUCGUCGACCAAAAGGAGGUCAAGGAGUACGAGCACCGUGUGCCACUCUCUUCCAUCACCCAUUUCACCAUUGAUGGUGACGUUAUGGUGAACUACAUCCAUUGGGGAGGAAAAUACUACCCAAUUCCGUAUGAGAGCGGAUUGGCCAACGAGGGUUUGGCUCCAGGAAAGGCUUUGACCAUCUUCGGAAUUCCGGAGAAGAAGGCCAAGAGAUUCUACAUCAAUUUGUUGAAGAAGAAUGGAGAUAUUGCUCUCCACUUCAACUCUCGUUUCGACGAGAAGCAAGUCGUUCGCAAUUCGCUUAUCAGCAAUGUUUGGGGAAAUGAAGAAAGAGAAGGAAAGUUGCCAUUCGAGAAGGCCACAGUUUUCGAUCUUGAAAUCAAGAACGAGGAGUAUGCUUUCGCUAUCUUCGUGAAUGGCGAGCGUUUCGCUUCAUACGCGCACCGACUUUCUCCGGAUGAGAUCAACGGACUUCAAAUCGGAGGAGACGUCGACAUCACUGGAAUUCAACUUGCUUAA